AUGUGCGGCUCAAAGAGCAACCUCUGCUCUUCCAAAUCCCUGACUGAAGCAGAAUUCAUGAGGCGGAAAUCAGAAGAAGAAGAAGGCGUCGCCGCCACGUGUCUUCUCGAAUUCGCCGCCUGCGACGAUCUCCCGUCGUUCAGGAGAGAGAUCGAAGAGAAAUCGCCGGAAAUCGACGAGCCGGGCUUCUGGUACUGCAGACGGGUCGGGUCGAAGAAGAUGGGUUUCGAGGAGAGAACGCCUCUCAUGGUUGCUGCGAUGUACGGGAGCAUCGAGGUCCUAAAUUACAUAAUCGCCACCGGCAAAUCCGACGUGAACAGAGUUUCCGGCGGCGAGAAAGUCACUGCUCUUCACUGUGCUGUCUCCGGCUGCUCCGUCUCCGUCGUUGAAGUCAUCAAGAUCUUGCUUGGUGCCUCUGCUUCGCCUGAUUGCGUUGACGCUAAUGGGAACAAACCGGUCGAUCUAUUGGUUCGAGCUUCCCGGUUCGUACCUAACCAGAGUAAAAAGGCCGUUGAGCUUCUGUUAACCGGAAACCAUGGCUCGGUUUAUAGUUUGGUGGAAGAGGAGGAAGUGAAGAGUGUGGUGACAAAGUACCCAGCUGAUGCGUCGCUUCCUGAUAUCAACGAAGGCGUUUACGGAACAGACGAGUUUAGGAUGUUUAGCUUCAAGGUCAAGCCCUGCUCGAGGGCUUAUUCUCACGACUGGACCGAGUGUCCUUUUGUUCAUCCCGGUGAGAACGCGAGGAGGAGAGAUCCGAGGAAGUAUCCUUACACAUGUGUCCCCUGUCCCGAGUUUCGUAAAGGGUCUUGUCCUAAAGGAGAUUCCUGCGAGUACGCGCACGGGGUUUUCGAGUCUUGGCUUCACCCGGCGCAGUAUAGGACACGGCUUUGUAAAGACGAGACCGGUUGUGCGAGGAGAGUCUGUUUCUUUGCUCAUAGAAGGGACGAGCUGAGACCGGUUAACGCUUCCACCGGUUCUGCAAUGGUUUCACCGAGGUCGUCGAACCAGUCUCCUGAGAUGUCUGCCGCUAUGUCUCCUUUGAGUCUAGCCUCGUCGCCGAUGAACUCUCCCAUGGCUAACAACGGUGUUCCUUUGUCUCCAAGAAACGGUGGUUUAUGGCAGAACAGAGUGAGUACCCUUACUCCGCCGCCGUUGCAGCUUAACGGCAGCAGACUGAAGUCGAGCUUGAGCGCUAGAGACAUGGAUAUGGAGAUGGAGCUUAGGCGCAGGCUCGGCGAUUUCAAGCCAUCCAACCUCGAAGAGACUUUCGGAUCUUACGACUCUAUGCAGCAACUUCAGUCUCCAAGCAGGCAUUCUCAGAUGAACCACUAUCCGUCUUCCCCUCGCGGGUUCGAGUCUUCAGCGGCUAUGGCAGCUGCGGUGAUGAACGCUAGAUCCUCGGCGUUUGCGAAACGCAGCUUGAGUUUUAAACCGGCUCCGGUAGCUUCUUCGAAUGUCUCGGAUUGGGGAUCGCCGAACGGGAAGCUCGAGUGGGGGAUGCAAAGAGAGCUGAGGAGAAGCGCCUCCUUCGGCAUUCAUGGCAGCAGCAGCAACAACAACAACAACAAUGUGUCUCGUCCUGCGAGAGGAGACUACAGCGAUGAGCCAGAUGUGUCGUGGGUGAACUCCUUGGUGAAAGAUAGUAUACAGGAGAGAGCCUUUGGGUUGAACGAGAGGGUUGGGAACACGGUGAACGGUGCAGUGGUUAGGGACCAGUUUAAGCUUCCAACGUGGGCAGAGCAAAUGUACAUAGACCAUGAGAAGCAGCAGGUUGUGGCAUAA